GGUCUAGAUUUGCUGUAAAAUUGUUUGAAUUAUUCCUCAGUGAUUAGUUUUGAUAUUAGGAAAGCUUCAAGUAGUUUUCUAAGUUGAACUAGCAAUGGAUGGUUUCGACGAUGUUGGUGUGUUUUUCUCCGAUAACUUUGGCGACGAUGGCCAGCAACAGCAGCAGGGGUCCAAUCAGAUAAACCUUCAACAAAUGAAGAAAAAGUACCGCGAGUUUAUCCGGACAUUCUGCGAAGCAAACUUCAGUUACAAAUAUCGUGACACAUUAAAACGAAACUAUCUGUUGGGACGAUACUACCUUGAGGUGGAAAUCGAAGAUUUGUCAGGGUUCGACGAAACACUAGCCGAUAAACUGUACAAGCAACCAACUGAACAUCUGCAGAUUUUCGAAGAAGCUGCUCGUGAGGUAGCAGAUGAAAUUACAUCGCCACGACCUGAAGGGGAAGAACAUAUGCAUGACAUACAGGUGUUGCUCACUUCUGGUGCUAAUCCAACCAACAUUCGAGAGCUAAAGUCGGAGUGUGUUUCAAGAUUAGUAAAGGUUGCUGGCAUUAUUAUUUCUGCUUCCGGUAUUAAAGCUAAAGCGACCAGAAUAUCGAUACAAUGCCGUUCAUGCAGCAAUGUUAUCCCGAAUUUACCGGUAAAUCCCGGCUUGGAGGGUUAUCAACUGCCAAGAAAGUGUAACACCGAGCAGGCCGGACGUCCGAAGUGCCCGAUGGAUCCGUAUUUCAUAAUGCCGGAUAAGUGUCGCUGUGUAGAUUUCCAGGUUCUCAAAUUGCAAGAAUUGCCCGAUUUCAUUCCCCAAGGCGAGAUUCCAAGACACAUGCAGUUGUUCUGCGAACGUAGUCUCUGCGAACGAGUUGUACCAGGAAAUCGAGUUCUGAUCCAUGGUAUUUUCUCGAUUCGAAAGAUAGGCAAACCGAGCAAACAGGACGGUCGAGAAAAGGCCAUCGUUGGGGUACGUGCACCCUACAUGCGUGUCGUUGGAAUUACUGUCGAUACCGAAGGUGUUGGGGCAAUUUCGCGUUUUAAUAACAUUACUACCGAAGAGGAAUCGACGUUCCGUAAGAUGGCAGCAAAUCCGAACAUUUACGACACUUUGACGGCCAGUUUAGCUCCCAGCAUUUUUGGCUCGCAGGAUAUCAAGAAAGCAAUCGUCUGUAUGUUGUUUGGAGGAUCCCGAAAGCGAAUGCCAGACGGAUUGAAUCGUCGAGGGGAUAUCAAUAUUCUGCUGUUAGGAGAUCCAGGAACAGCCAAAUCUCAAUUGUUGAAAUUUGUCGAAAAGGUAGCGCCGAUUGCAGUGUAUACGUCGGGAAAGGGAUCCAGUGCAGCUGGUUUGACUGCUUCCGUUAUGCGAGAUCCAGCCACCAGAAACUUUGUUAUGGAAGGAGGUGCUAUGGUUUUGGCAGACGGUGGCGUAGUUUGUAUUGACGAGUUCGAUAAGAUGAAAGAGGACGAUCGUGUUGCCAUUCAUGAGGCCAUGGAACAGCAAACCAUCUCCAUAGCAAAAGCUGGAAUCACAACUACUCUGAACUCACGUUGUUCCGUUCUAGCAGCUGCGAAUUCUAUUUUUGGCCGCUGGGAUGAUACUAAAGGAGAGGAAAAUAUCGAUUUCAUGCCGACAAUUCUAUCUCGUUUCGAUAUGAUCUUCAUUGUAAAAGAUGUUCAUGAUCAGGAGCGUGAUAUAACGCUGGCCAAACACGUAAUGAAUGUACAUAUGCACGCAAACAAAGCGAUGGAAGUACAGGAAGGUGAGAUCCCGUUGGCGGUGUUUAAAAAAUACAUCAAUUAUUGUCGAACACAUUGUGGACCGCGUUUGAACGAAGAAGCGGCUGAGAAAUUGAAAUCUCGCUAUGUUCUGAUGCGUAGUGGGGCUAGUGAACAUGAACGUAUGUCGGACAAACGACUAUCGAUUCCCAUUACGGUGCGUCAGUUGGAAGCCAUCAUUCGCAUGUCUGAAUCCCUAGCCAAGAUGCAGUUGCAACCUUUCGCCAACGAUGCUCACGUUACGGAAGCUCUUCGGUUGUUCCAGGUGUCAACCCUGGAUGCGGCCAUGUCCGGCUCGCUAGCUGGCGUGGAAGGUUUCACCACCGAGGAGGACACAGAAAUGCUGAACCGUAUCGAGAAGCAGUUGAAACGGCGUUUCGCCAUCGGUUCGCAAGUUUCGGAGCAAAACAUCAUACAGGACUUUGCCCGUCAGAAGUAUCCGGAGCGGGCCGUCCUCAAGGUGAUCCACACGAUGAUCCGACGCGGAGAAUUGCAGCAUCGUAUGCAGCGCAAGAUGCUUUAUCGGUUGUCGUAA